GGCUUGAGGAGGAGGCGAGGCCCGCGGAGCCCCGCAGCCCGCCCGCCGGAGCAGCAUGAGGCUGGCGGAGCGGCUGCGCAAGGACUGGUUCCUGGUGGGCAUCGUGGUGGCCAUCGCCGGCGCCAAGCUGCGGCCGUCGGUGGGCGUGAACGGGGGGCCACUGAAGCCAGAAAUAACCGUAUCCUACAUUGCUGUUGCCACAAUAUUCUUUAACAGUGGACUGUCAUUAAAAACAGAGGAGCUGACGAGUGCUUUGGUGCAUUUAAAACUACAUCUCUUUAUUCAGAUCUUUACGCUUGCAUUCUUCCCAGCAACGAUAUGGCUCUUUCUUCAGAUUUUAUCAAUCACAACCAUCAAUGAAUGGCUGUUAAAAGGUUUGCAGACAGUAGGUUGCAUGCCUCCCCCAGUGUCUUCUGCAGUGAUUUUAACCAAGGCGGUUGGUGGAAAUGAGGCAGCUGCGAUAUUUAAUUCAGCCUUUGGAAGUUUUUUGGGCAUCGUUGUAACACCCUUGCUACUGCUGCUUUUUCUUGGUUCAUCCUCUUCUGUGCCUUUUACAUCUAUUUUCUCUCAGCUUUUUAUGACUGUUGUGGUUCCUCUCAUCAUUGGACAGAUUGUCCGAAGAUACAUCAAGGAUUGGCUUGAGAGGAAGAAACCUCCGUUCGGUGCUAUCAGCAGCAGCGUGCUCCUCAUGAUCAUCUACACCACGUUCUGUGACACGUUCUCUAACCCGAAUAUCGACCUGGAUAAAUUCAGCCUCGUGCUCAUCCUGUUUAUAAUAGUUUCUAUCCAGCUGAGUUUCAUGCUAUUAACCUUCAUCUUUUCAACAAGGAAUAACUCGGGCUUCACAGCAGCAGAUACAGUGGCUAUCAUCUUCUGUUCUACACACAAAUCCCUUACGUUGGGAAUUCCAAUGCUGAAGAUCGUAUUUGCAGGCCAUGAGCAUCUCUCCUUGAUCUCUGUGCCUCUGCUCAUCUACCAUCCAGCCCAGAUCCUCCUGGGAAGCGUGCUCGUGCCAACAAUCAAGUCUUGGAUGAUAUCACGGCAGAAGGGAGUGAAGCUGACCAGGCCCACGGUGUAGGGAAGACGCCCACUUUCUGUAGCAGUGUAUAUAUGUACAGGAUUGUACGUUGACACAAUUCUGAAGAUUCGUACUCGUGAAUGUUGCUUUGAUGCAUAUUUUAUUUUUCUACAGACAAAAAAAUUAUAUACCUGUUUAAGUGCCUUAAAAAAAAAUGAACUCCAUGAGAACAUUACUUCCAAAACAUACUCUGUUGUUUACUGCCAGUGGUGGUAGACUAUUUUGGAGUUUUUUUUUUUCCUAAAUGCAGAAAACACUCAUAGGAAAGAAGGAAAAGCUGCCGUGCAUUGCCAGCCUUCCUCAGCGAGAGCUACGCUCAUGUCUGAAAUGAGGUCACGCCGUCAGGAAAAUGCCCUUUUUGAUGACAGUGAAAAAUUCCAAAGUCUUAGUCACGCACACUUUGAUUCACUGUGUGAUUCUCUUCAUUUUUUUUUUCCUACAACUAUGACAAGCCUCCUCCCUGGCAACUCAGCGGGGGUCAUAAACGGAAGAAGACGCCGACACGCACGGGGCGUCUCUGCCUGCCUUCACUGAGUCAUUUUUUUUAGACAUUCCUUCAAGUCGUUUUCACGCAGAAAUUCUUCAGUCCCAUCAUGCAAGACUGUGGUGUGAUGUCUUAAAUUUAUUAUAAGCUGCUUCAAAGAAAAGGCCUGAUGCUUGAGUCAUGAAUGAAGUUCGUGAAAUAUUGAGGUGAACUACCAGAUUGGGGGGGGGGGUGUUUAUUAAUCGCAUCUCAGUGCUUUUUGCGCUCUUUCUCCCAUAACGUCUUUCCUCCCAUCUGCAGCACACGCACGCACCUCCUAACGGCCAAAUGUGAGCUCGAAAAAUGUCCCAGUCAGUUUGUGGCGGCAACAAGGAAGGAUAGAUGCUUUUCACAUUCCACAACUAAGCCAGAAUUCCUCUCCUGCGUCACAGAUGUGCGGAACCCCUGGCCACGGUGUCCCCCCUGUGGGCGGGAAGCCACCUGUUACAGCCUUGACUUCUGCACACUUAGGGCCUCUGGGACAGCGUGUCCGGAGAACGUCUCAGAGGUGACAAAUGUUCACAACCGCUUUUAAAACGUGAACUCACAUUGCUCAUGGAGCAGUGGAAAGAUAAAGGUCAUAGCCACAACCAGAUGUUACAGAUGCGCACUCGGUCUAGCCAGGUAAAUGGACACCGAAAAUGCAAGACCAUUCAGUAACCAAAAUGUCAAUUAUGCUGCGUCCCCAGCAGGACAUCGUCCGUCCAGGAAGCAUUGCCUAUGUGCUUUUUCUGCGGUUGGGAGAAUUUUAACUGGACCCAGGUUGAGAAUGGCUAAUCAGUUGAGUUAGAAAAACAGGUUUUUUCUGUUCACACACCAUCCUGUCACUCUGUGUCUCCACAUCCUCUGGUGAUUUGACAGACAGUCUUAGCCUCCUGGGUCUCACUGAGGCAUGCUGUAUCCUCAGCAUAGAUCUGUUGCUUUGCCCACAAAUAGCAACAACAACAAUCAUUCCUGCUAGGCACUGGUGGCUCACACCUGUAAUCCUAGCUACUCAGACAG